ACGCGCAAUUUUGAAAAGACAAAUUCGUAUAAUACGUGAUGUCUCGUCCUUCGAAGGCCUGGAGAAACGCGGAAACUGCAAAUGAAGACUCCAAACACACUGAUGAGCCAUCUAAUUGUAUAAUUUGUUUGGAGAAAGUUGUCUGUCGCGGAAAAUUAAGCGUUUGUAAUCACUGGUUCUGUUUUCCAUGCAUACUGGAGUGGUCAGAGAAUACAAAUACCUGUCCGAUAUGCAAGGCCCGAUUUCGAUGCAUAACAAAGGUUCAUCUGAGCCCUUUCAGAUCUCCACCAACGAAGGUCCGCAUAGGAGACAAGGAUCAAAGAGUUUGGAAUGAUGAUGAUGAGUUAGUAGAGGAAGAUAUUCUUGGGGCAGUUGAUUCAGAUGAUUUUGAUGAUGAUUAUGAACCUUCUUCUCACUUCCAUAACCCUUGGACAAGACAAUCCAGGCGACAGAAUGCAGGAGGAAUUAGUGUGUUGACUUCACAUCAGCUGCAUCUUGAUGAGUAUGACUUGGAAGAUUCCUUUAUAAAUGAUGACUUUGAUGAUGACGAGCCCCUGAUUGAAGUAUAUGACAGAAAAUCCUUGAAAGCCACCAAUAAUAGUGAUUCUGAAGAGAGCAAUGUUACAAGUUCAUCAACAGAAUCUGAAAGAACCAGCCCACAUCAGUUCCAAAACAGGCACAAUCUUAGAACAAGAUUUUCAAGAAAUACAAAUAACAUUAUUAGCAGUUUUCCCGAAAUUGAAGAGGCAUGUUCAUCCCAAGCAAGUCUCCAAAGUUUUCUAGUCAGCGAUGAUGAUUCACAAAAUGAGCUGGACAGUGACUGGGUACCAUUUAGAAAUAAUGGAAAAAAUUCAAGGACUAAAGGCAAGUCUGACAAGGUGAAAGCAAAGGAAUGCUGUCCCAAGAGAACAAGAAGCUCAAGGAAGUCCAGAGCAAAAAGCCCCAAGAAACAAAAAGGCCACAAGCAGAAACAUAGCAGUGAUAAAAAGGAAAAACAGCCAUAUACAACUGGGAAUGAAAGGACAUCUUCAAGUCAUGGAGAACCUGGCCAGCAUUCUGUGGAAGGCUGGAUCAGCAUGGCCACAAGAAAUGGAGGACGGCUUCCUUCAUCCUCAUUGUCAACUAAUCUGAGGACUCCUAAGAAAAGGACUUGCAAAGGAAAGAAGGUCAUCAAAAAUGAAGAUAACUCAAAUAACAGUGAGGUGUGUGACAGUAGCAGUGAUUCUGAGGAUGAGAUUUUGAGUACUCAAAUCAACAAACGAAAGAAAAUGAAGACUUCUAGGAAUGACUGGCAUAAAAGAAAAGCUAAAAGUGCAGCUCAUGAUGGCAUGGUGUCAAGAAUAAAGCAUGUCAAGAACAAACAGACCAACAAGUUGCACUCCAGGCCAAAACCACAGCGGGAAUCCAUCCCUUCUGUUUUAACACCAUCAUCCAAUAUGACACAUGAUGAUAAAAGCAAAAUCAACUCUGUUGAUGACGAAGAUUAUUCAGAUGUUACAUUUGUACACCCCACUCCUCAACCUGUAGUAAAACGAUCAAUAUUCACCAGAAGGCAACACAGGUCUCCCAGUACAUCAUUUAAUAACCUGGAUGUUAUUACUAAUAGACUACCACAUUCACAAAAUCAGACACGACAUAGACAUGAAAUAACUGACUAUCAGAGUGAUGCAACUAGAACAGAAGGUAAAUUACAACAGAAGAGUCCUGUCAAAGUCAAAAUCUCUCCUGCUAUCAGGAGGAAACAACCAAAGAAGGUGCUGUUCCUCAGCAGUGGCAGUGACAGUGACUAAUUGAAAGCAAAACUUUUUAUUAUGCAGAAAAAAUUUAAUAUUUCAAUGUUAAUCUUUCAAAUUUAAUAUGAAUGAACACAGCUCUCAGUCAUCACUGGCCUGUUGAUAGGACAAGAAGAGAAAUUACAAGUGAACAUCAUUGAUCAAACAGUGCAUUUCCUAAACUUAUAUUUUUAAACAUACAAUUGUUUCUCUUUCGUUCACAUUAUCAAUUUGCUAAUUAAAAGCUACUUCUGCCACUUU